AUGACUUCACAUUUCAUUCUGCUGGCUUUGUGCUGUUUGUUUAGGCUGAGCUGCAAUGAAAGUUUGCCUGAAUGGUUUAGCAACAUUUCUACCAAUCUCUUCAGUUUGUCUGGGGACAUCAUGCUCGGAGGGCUCUUUCCCAUUAACGACCUCACCAGCAACCUCAGUGAGAUAACGGAGCCCAACCAAAUAAGCUGUAAACGUUUAAAUGAGCAUGGACUGGGAUUUGCAAUAGCAAUGAAAUAUGCAGUGGAAGAAAUCAACGGAAACCGGACUCUCCUCCCUGGCAUCAAUUUAGGUUAUGAAAUCUAUGACACGUGCGGACAAUCUUCCAUUAUUGUAAAGCCUACUGUGUCCUUCUUCACUGGAAAAUCCAACAAAGCAGUAUCUGUGCAGUGUAAUUACACCAACUAUGAGACCAGUAUAACUGCAGUGAUUGGUCCUUAUGCUUCGGAAAUGGUGUCAGUAAUUGGAAAACUCCUGGGAUUCUUUCUGAUGCCACAGAUUAGCUAUGGGGCCACCAGCGACAAAUUCAGCGAUAGUCUUCUCUACCCAUCUUUCUUUCGUACGGUGCCCAGUGACAAAUUGCAAGUGGAUGCUAUCAUAAAGCUGAUCCAGGAAUUUGGGUGGAACUGGGUGGCAAUUGUAGGCAGUGAUGAGGAGUAUGGGCAACAAGGUGUACAGAUGUUCACCAAACUGGCAGAAAGCACAUCUGUCUGUGUGGCCCAUCAGGGCCUGAUUCCCAUGUACAGUGACCCUGUACCAGUGGUGAAAACCAUCAUUCACAAUAUCCAAGUGACCAAUGUCAAAGUGGUGGUGGUGUUUUCUCUCCCAGACCAGGCCAAAGUGCUUUUUAGAGAGGUUAUCAGCAGUAAUUUAACAGCUGUGUGGAUUGGCAGCACAAGUUGGGCCAUCAACAGUCAAGUGACUUCUCUGCCCAACAUUGAAACAGUUGGUACAAUCAUUGGCUUCCUUGACAGCAUAGACACCCUCGGUCUGUUCAACAAUUAUGCAAUGGAGCUCUUCAAGAAACUCAGUGAUGAGAGGGCAAACACAUCCACUCCAAUCGCAGCAUCCAAUCCUGGCGAUCCUAACAGUCGCUGCUCACAGUGCUGGAAUUUGUCAACAGAAAACAUUAGUCUGGUGGAAGCACCUGAAGUGCAAAGAACAGCUUUCAGCGUGUAUGCUGCCAUCUACAGUGUCGCACAGGCACUGCAUAACAUACUGGAGUGUAAUUCAACUGUCUGUAAAUUGGGAUCCAGGAGCAAAAUCUAUCCCUGGAAGCUGUUGAAGGUUUUAAGCAACACUUCUUUUAACAUAAAUGGCACACAAAUAGAGUUUGACAAAGAUGGCAACCCAAACAUAGGAUAUGAUGUGAUUCAGUGGGUCUGGAGAAACUCAUCUCAACUGGACUUCAGAACUGUGGGAAAAUAUUCUGAACAACAGCUGAAUAUCCACAAGAACCACUUUGAAUGGCAUACUGGAGAGGUUCCUAAGUCCACCUGUUCGGCAAACUGUGACAAAGGGCAGGUCCGCAGAGUCAAAGGUUUCCAUUCCUGCUGUUUUGACUGUAUCGACUGUUUGGCAGGAACUUACCAGGCACAUAAGGAUGAUAUCUUGUGUACUAAGUGUCCCAAACGUCAAUGGUCCCAGUAUCGCAGUACAAACUGCACUGACCCCAUCUUUAAGUUUUUCACCUGGAACAGCCGGGAUGCUGUGAUAAUGAUACUGGCCGGUGUGCUAUUGCUGGUAUGUCAGGGGUCAGUGGGUGUCGUGUUCCUGAAGCACCGAGGGACCCCCCUGGUAAAAGCCUCAGGGGGAGCCAUGAGUUUUGUGGCCCUGCUCGGCCUGACGGGAGCUUGUCUCAGUCUGCUGCUCUUCCUGGGGGAGCCAGGAAAUGUGGUGUGUCGUCUUCAGCUGCCCUUCACUUCCAUUUUCCAAACGAUCACCCUCUCCAUUAUCCUGUCCAUCUCAUUACAGAUACUCUAUGUGACAGAGUUCCCAGAGAGGGCUGCCUCUUGCCUGCAUAUAUUAAGAGGCCCAGCGAGCUGGCUGUUUGUGCUGAUCUGCUGCUCUGUGCAGGCUGGUCUCUGUGGUUGGUUUGUUCACGAAGGACCUGUGUUGGCUGAAUAUGUGGCAAAUAUGACCAUAGACUUCUUAGAAUCAUUCCUCUCAUGCCCUGUGUCACCUUUGAUUGGAUUUGCCUUGAUGCAAGGUUUCAAUGUUGGAAUGGCGCUUGUAUCAUUCAUGUGCACCUUCAUGGCAGUGAAGCCUCUUCAUCAGUAUAACCUAGCCAGGGACAUCACCUUUUCCACCCUGAUCUACUGUGUCAUUUGGGUGAUCUUUAUUCCGAUAUACAUAGGCAACAACAGACCAAAUAACAAGAACAGAUCUAUUGUCCAUGUUUAUUUCAGCCUGGCAAGCAACUUUGGGCUGCUGGCAGCUUACUACUUUCCAAAAUGUUACUUGCUGUUAAGGAAACCUGACCUGAACACACCAAAGCACUUCUGUACCUUCUUAGAGGGCGUUCCACCAACACAAACUGAGGAGGACCCACAGCUACAAGCACAGAAAGAGCAAUAAACAAUUAAUUUGCUUGCAAAGAAAAUCAAAGAACCACACAUUCUGAAACACCUACAGUAGAAGGGUGCUGUAGUAUAUACCAUAGACCAGUAGAUUAUAAAAUGUACAGUCACAUCAGUCAU